GCAGCCAAUAAAACAUUCCCUUCGCCAGAUUUGCCCGAUUCGCGAUUCUCAAUUCUUCAUCAACUCGUAUCGACUGGUAAGACUGGGAAGGCUGGGAAUUCGAUGGAGCGGUUGUACCGUAAAGGUCCGAUGGCUUACAUACCAAUCGGAUCCAAUGAUUGACGCCCCGAAUGUUGGGUUCGGUGGUAGGGUGACAAUUGCCGGAACAUUGGCCGUCGAUCUCCGGGACCUUGCGCAUAACGCUCCUCCUUCCUCGAGCGGAGAAGCUGCGCCCCAACACCAUUUUGGAUAUAAACUCCCUAAUGCAGGCCAUACAAACACUGUUGGCGACGUUGCUCCAAGUCUCCUUGAAAAAUUUCCGGAACGAUGCAUGAGAAAACAUCCUUUGAGUUCCCUUUCGGACGGACUGGCAGCCAAACACUGGUACUGUUGUUGUAGGUCAACUGCCUCGGCAACGGGACACAGAGGAGAGGCCCAUCAAUCCACCGAGAGAUCUACACUUCGUGGCCAGCAUAUCCUGGGCAUGACAGCCCACUCUGCGCGACCGGUCCCUUUUCGUUCCCACCACCUGAUGAUCCAGGAGACAUCACGCCUGGCGAGCACCACGUUGGAGUUUGGACAGGUCCAGACGGCAAUUGUCAACCAACUCCAAGUUACCGCAGCCAGUAUCAGAGAUCAUAGUUAGCAAUUAGUCUCUAACCCAUUGGUCUAAUGCAAAUAUUGCCGCAGUCGUAUCCCCCACCCUUCCUGUCCAGUGCUCUCCCAGCCAACUCCGGCCGAGCCACUCAUAGCAGCAGGGUGAAAUAUCCGUACAACACUAGUUUACAGUGACAACGAUAAGGUAGCAAGUGUAGUGUGUGAUAUGGUCUCCAUCGUCGAGAUCCGUAGCGGGAUCUUGAAAAAUCGCUCCUCAGGGUCCACCAAAUCUCCAGGCGUCUUUCCCACUGCUCUGAACUACAGAUAGACGAGGGAAAAAGAGGAUCGGGGAUGAAAGGAGGACAAAGAAGCCAGAAUAAAGCAACGCCUUGUC